GGAACCAAACACCGACCGACGAUGUUUGGGUGGUGUGACGCCACUGUGCACGGUAGCACUGAUCGUGCGACCAAGCAGCUGGCCAGCGGCCUUGCCGAGGGAGAUGGCCUCCCCUCUAACGCCGUCACCCGGCUGCUUGAGGCCAAGGCGGAAGUCAAGGCGGAGGUCGAGUACAUGGGCCGUGCCGAGACGUUGCUGGAGGCCGCUGCACGAACGUGCGAAGGCGACGAUGGUACGCACGACUUUUGCAGUCUGAGAAAGAAUGCAUGGAUCACUUCAUUCAGGCGCGUUGGUGCUCAAGGCGCUGAUCGAGGCUGGCGCGGAUGUCAACGCCGAGGCAACUCGUGCUAAGGCGCUGCUGUUCAACUCCGAGCCUCCGAUCAGCGCACUCGUCAACCGGUUAGCACAUGUAUCACUUAUACACACAAGGGCAUGCAUGCCUCUAUUGAUUGAUUGACCUGUCUGUCUGUUUCCCUUCACAGCCUCUAUAUGGGCGUGUUGGACAAGAUCCACGGGAGUUGUUUCCACUCCGACUAUGCCGCCAACUGUCGCCGCGCCGACUUCCUGCGCACCCUGGAUCAGAUCACGCCCAUGGUGCGCACACUCCUGGCCCACAGAGCCGACCCCAACCGCCCCUCAGGCGUGCUGCACUACUACUUCAAGGCCAUCAAGGACUACUUCACUGCAGACCACCCCCUCGACGCCAAGAAACGCCUGGAGUUUACGUCCAUCCUGCUCGACGGAGGUGUGGUGCGCACUGUGCAAGCCAGAAGGGGGGAGGGGAGGGAGGCCGGUCAGUCAGUCACCAUGUGUUGUGUUGUAUGUGUACGUACGGUUUGUGUAGGCGCACGUGUGGUCCCAUCGGACAAGUGGUGCAGCUUCCAUGUCGCGUGUGAAAUGCACCUGAGCGAUGCGGACGUCCACGUCGACAUAAUGCGCCGACUCAUGACGGCCGGAGGCGCCGAACAGCUCAACACGGCCAAGCAGCUCAGCGGGGAGGAGGAGGAUCAUCCUGAACGGGGCCCCAUGCCGCCGCUGUGGCGUGAAGUGGGGGCCGGCAACACCAAGGUGGCGCAGUACCUCAUCAGCGAGGGAGCGGAGGCCCCGGCGGGCGGCAUCGAGGAGAUCGCGGCGUCCAUCAAGGACAAAGGCGGUGAGAGCCACUGACGAACAAGGGGGAGAGAGGCGGUAGAUACUUAGACGAAACAUGUCUGUCCAGUGUCUAGCGUAUGCCUACAUACCUACACGGAGGGCGGGUGGGUAUGCAUGGGUUGUGUGGGUCGGUGUGGUGUGGUGUGGUGUGGUGUGGUGUGUUGGUGGUCUUCUCGUACGUACGUACGGGUCGAAGCGAUCCAGGGCUUUCAAUCAUUGCAACGCCACGUGAGUAGUGAGUGAGUGAGUGAGUGAGUAGUCUCUAUGCAUCUCCAUAUAUACUUGUUGGAGGUAUGUAUUGUUGGGGGUAUGUGUGCUGAUAUAUGCGCGAUCUGACGGACGAGCCAACCAGGCUGGCAGCCAGCCAGCCAGCCAGCCAGCCAGCCCAGCCCGCCACUCAGUCUGCAUGUACGUGGCGACCGGCCCGAAGUGGGGCAGUCAGACUGAGUCAGGUCAGUUAGUCAGUUGCUUCUGUUCUCUUCUAAGUCUGCGCCGUGGGUGUGGUGUGGUUGCAUGCCAGCGGAGGUUGCGGCGGUCCUUUUGUGGGCACAUCAUAUAUAGACGAUGCGCGAUGCGGUUCGCAUUUCGUGUGUUUGUGUACGUGCGGCGUUACAUGCAGACUUAACUGCAUUUGCAAAUUAACUACAAGUAAGGCG